GCGGGACACCCGGGCCCGGGGGAUCCCUGAGCACAGCUGCCUCCUUCCAGGCGUCCCCGGUACGGCCACCAUGGAGAUUACCUACGUGUACACGCGGAAGCGCAGCGAGUUUGGGCGGCCUUGCAGCUUCUCGGACCGGCCGGCCACGGUGACUGCGGACAUCCCCCCGGACCCCAGCUUGGCCAGUGGCUUCGUCCUCAGGGACCCUGUGGAUAGCUAUGUCCAGCACACCAGCGAGAUGUCAGAGCAUGAGGUUAACACCGAGAGUGUGAAGGUGGAGUCCCGUGGUGUCAACCACGUGGAGGGUGGGUGGCCCAGAGACAUCAAGCCCCAGGAGGCAGAACAAACUCUGCGCUUCAGGAAGAAAGUGGAGAAAGACGAAAACUACAUCAACACCAUCAUGCACCUCGGCUCUCUGAUGGAGCACUGCGUCAGGCAGAACAACACUGUCAACAUCUAUGAGGAGUACUUUGGAGAGGAGGAGAUGCUGGAGAUGGAAGAUGAGCCCCCCUUUGCAAAAACCAUCAAUGUCAUCAGGGACCCAAACAUAACCAAGAGGACAGCCACACAUCUCUCCUGGCACCCUGACACAUGCAUGAAACUGGCAGUAGCUUAUUCCAGCCUGGAAUUCCAGCACAGCAUGAAAGACAUGAGCUUUGACUCCUACAUCUGGGACCUUGAAAACCCCAACAAGCCGGAGCUUGUUCUCAGGCCAUCAUCCCCUCUUGUGAGCCUGGAAUACAACCCCAAGGACUCCUACAUCCUGCUGGGAGGAUGCUACAAUGGGCAGAUGGCUUACUGGGACACCAGGAAAGGGGGGCUGCCCGUGGAGGUGUCCACCGUGGAGGUCAGCCACAGGGACCCUGUGUAUGGAGCCAUCUGGUUGCAGUCCAAAACGGGCACUGAAUGCUUCUCUGCCUCUACUGAUGGGCAGGUGCUGUGGUGGGACACCCGCAGGCUGUCUGAGCCCACUGAGACAUUGGUCCUGGACAUCACCCGGAGAGGGCUGCUGGAGAAUGCCCUGGGUGCCAGCACGCUGGAGUAUGAGCCCACCAUGCCCACCAAGUUCAUGGUUGGCACCGAGCAGGGCAUCGUCGUUGCCUGCAACCGCAAGGCCAAGACACCUGCUGAAAAAAUCACCAGCACCUUCAGUGGGCACCAUGGACCUGUCUAUGCCCUGGCCAGGAACCCCUUCUACCCCAAAGUCUUCCUGACAGUUGGUGACUGGACUGCUCGGAUCUGGUCAGAGGAGACCAAGGAGUCCUCAAUUAUGGGCACAAAGUACCACCUCUCCUACCUGACAGAUGGCUGCUGGAGCACUGUGAGGCCAGCUGUCUUCUUCACCACCAGGUCAGAUGGGACCCUGGACGUCUGGGACUUCCUCUUCAAGCAGAAGGACCCUUCUCUCUCCCUGAAGGUCUGUGACGAGGCCCUGUCCAGCCUGCGCCUGCAGGACAAUGGACGUGUCCUUGGCUGUGGCUCGAAGCUGGGCACUGUCACCCUGCUGGAAAUCUCCUCCGGGCUCUGCACCCUGCAGAGGAACGAGAAGAACCUGGCCACCGCCAUGUUCGAGCGGGAGACGAAGAGGGAGAAGAUCCUGGAGGGCCGGCACCGAGAAAUGCGGCUGAAGGAGCGUGCCAGGUCAGAGGGACAGGGCAAAGAGGCGGAGGAGAGGCUGCCGCAGAGCCCCCAGGAAGUCCUUGACCAUGCCCGCAGGGAGUUCUUUGAGGUCAUCGAGGCGGAGAGGGCACGAGCAGAGAGCCAGCGUCUGCAGGGCAAGGUGAAAGAACGCAGGAGAGAGGAGAUGGCUGCACAGGAGGAAGAGGGGCGAGAGAGCCAGCAGCCCGAGGGGCGAGAGAGCCAGCAGCCUGAGAGGCAAGAGAGCCAGCUGCCCAAGGGGCAAGAGAGCCAGCAGCCCGAGGGGCGAGAGAGCCAGCAGCCCGAGGGGCAAGAGAGCCAGCUGCCCAAGGGGCGAGAGAGCCAGCUGCCCAAGGGGCGAGAGAGCCAGCUGCCCAAGGGGCAAGAGAGCCAGCUGCCCAAGGGGCAAGAGAGCCAGCAGCCCGAGGGGCAAGAGAGCCAGCAGCCUGAGGGUCAAGAGAGCCAGCUGCCCAAGGGGCAAGAGAGCCAGCAGCCCGAGGGGCAAGAGAGCCAGCUGCCCAAGGAGGAGGAGGAGGAUGCUGCCAAGGAGCCGUAGCCACGACGGGAGCAGUGGUCACGCAGAAGCCUUCGUGUUGGUCAGAGCUGCUCCCUGGCCCUUUGCCUUCCUGAGCAGUUCUUUUUCUUCAGGGUGAAUAAACAGGAGUUUGCCA